AUGUUUCACAGAUAUCUGAUCUGUUUGUUCAUGUGGCGUCUGAUUGGUGUGUUUGGUGAUGAAGUGAAGUCAGUGUCAGUGAUGGAGGGAUAUUCUCUUACUCUACACAAUAAUGUUACUGAAAUAAAGAUUGAUGAUCAGAUACAGUGGAGUUUUGAAGAUACUGUCAUAGCUAGAUUCUAUAGUGUGCCUGAAGAAUCAUUUGUUGAUGUUCUUAAUUGGAGAUUAAUAGAGAAACUGCAGUUAAAUGAUCAGACUGGAGGUCUCACCAUCACAAACAUCACAACUCAACACACUGGACUUUAUAAUAUAACCAUCAAAAGCGAACAGAUGAUGACAUUCAGAUUUUAUGUCACUGUCUAUGCUCAUCUUCCUGUUCCUGACAUCACCAGAGACUCAUCAUCAAGCUCAAAAUGUGUGGUGUUGUGUUCAGUGUUGAAUGUGAGAGAUGUGAGUCUGUCCUGGUACAAAGGAAACAGUUUAUUGUCCAACAUCAGUGUGUCUGAUCUCAACAUCAGACUCUCUCUACCUCUGGAGGUUGAAUAUCAGGAUAACAACACAUACAGCUGUGUGGUGAACAAUCCCAUCAGAAAACAAACUCAACAUCUCAACAUCACUCAUCUCUGUCAGACGUGUUCAGAUUGUGUCGGCUGUUGUGGUUCAACUGAAGCUGUGAUCCGAUUGGUCUUCUCUGCUCUGGUGGGCGUUGCUGCUGUAGCUGUUCUGAUUUAUGACAUCAGAUUGAAUAGAGAUGAACAGAAAAGAAGACCAAAGACAUCAGCAUCAGAUUAACAUUUAUCAAUCAUUUUUGAGUGGCUCAUAUCUUGUGGUUAGGUACAAAAACAUAGCCACUAAGUAAAGUAAACUAAUCUAACAAAUUUGCAUUUAGUUAGGUUUCGCUUUCAAAUUAGACUAAUCAACGUUUUUUAUAACUGACUUUAUAUAACCUUUAUAUAACCUAUAAUCUUAAAGAAAAAAAUUAAAUGACUAACUUUUCAAGACUAGUCUAAGCAGUUUAAGCAACCGGCCACAGGUGUUUAGACCAGGGCUCUGAACCGGUUCAAGGAACGAAAACGAAAACCGGAAACGAACGAAAUUUUAACAGGAACAAAAACGAAAACGAAAACAAAAUCAAUUUUAAUUGUUCUGAACAGAAACGUUUAUUUAAAAUGACCAUUAACCGGUUAAUAACGUUAUUUUAUCGUUUUCUUUAAUAUUGUACUUUAUCAGUGACCAAUCAUGAAUUGAACAGUACAACAUGUGACUUUGACGCAUCAAGCGUGAGUGACUUUGACACAUAGCGUGAGUGAAAUGCCCGCGCCGCAGUCAUCGAGUCUCCGGCCCGAUAGCAUUUGUCUUAAAUAACCACAAAGCUACCCAUCAAAUGUUCAGAGGUAUGUUUAAGUUAAAACUUGCUUGGAAAUAUGAAGAUGCAAACUGUAACUCAAAAAAGCCAGGGGACUUAUACCACUGUCAAAUACUUUUUAGAUGGGUCGCCACCAAGAAAUUCCUUUUCGUUAUUAUUUUUCUUACGACAAGCUGUCUUAACAAGUCUGUAUGCAAUAUUAAAGGAUGUGGGGGAGAAGUACAGUAGCCGGGAUUCACUGAAGUAACUUACAGAGGCACAUUUAACGUAAACAUCCAGCAGAGUAUGCUGCGGUUUCAACCAGUAAAAGACCGGCAUAA